UUUUCUCUCAAUCAAUCAAGCUUCAGUGAUUAAUCAGAAACUCUAGCAUGGUAUCAGAGCUCUUCUGAGCUGCCUCGCUCGUCUUCUCGCUUCCGCAAACUCAUCUUCUUCCAAUUUCUUCGCAAAGCUUCCUUCGCGUCCUCCUAUGGCGUCGAAUUUCUCUGUCUCUUCUGGCUUCGAAGCCGAAAAUCCUCACAAUGGAGGUCGCCAGCACGGAUCUGGUGGAGUUUCUUACCUCGGCAUCGCGAUUUCUGAUCCGGCUUCUCCCUUUUUCAUUCAUCCCUCGGAGAAUUGGGGGCAAUGCCUGGUGUCGCAGCCGCUUACUGAGAACAACUUCUCCAGCUGGGAGAGAUCGAUGAUUCUGGUCAUCGAUGGCAAGAACAAGCUUGGGUUCUUGAACGGCAAGAUUCUGCAACCACCAGACGAUUCUCCUCUUCUUGAGCCAUGGAAUCGCAACAACAAGCUUCUGUUAAGCUGGAUUCAGAGGUCGGUGAAUCCUACCAUCGCUGAGAGCAUCCUUUAUGUUACAACGGCGAUUGGUACUUGGAACGAGCUGCGAGAACAAUUUUCCCAAGGGGAUUCGUUCAGAAUUGCUGAUUUACAGGAGUCCAUCUUCCUCCUAAAGCAAGGUACUCUGAGUGUCUCGCAGUAUUACUCUAAACAACGAGCUCUAUUGGAUCAAUUGGCUAAUUUUAGGUCUAUCCCUGAUUGUGAGUGUGGCGUUGCUUGUCACUGCAUUCUUGCUUCUCUUAGGAAGGAUCAUAUGAAUGAUAAAGUGAUCAGAUUCCUUAGGAACUUGAAUGAUAGCUUUAAUGCCCCUAGAUCAACAAUCAUGCUCCUUGAUCCCCUGCCUCCCAUCAACAAGGUCUUCGCCAUGAUGGUGCAGCAUGAACGUGAGAACAACUUGUUGCCUAAACCGAAUUCUGGUUCUCAGUCUAUCACCAAUCCUACUGCUGACAGUAUGGCCUUCUUUACCAGAGUUGCUGGUACUAAUCUUGGAGUUCAGGGUGCUGGCCAAGGCUUCAAGAAGCAAGGCAAGAAGUCAGUUUGUACCUUUUGUGGCUAUACUGGUCACACCGAGGACAUCUGCUACAAAAAGAACGGCUACCCCCUGGUUAUCAACCCAAGAAGAAGAAUCCACCAAGACAGGCCAACAACAUUACUGUUGAGCAUGGAGAAACCUCCUCUGGGAAUGGUGCAGUGAUGGUUAAUCCAGCUGACUAGAUGAGUUUUCAGCAGCAGUACCAGAAGAUGAUGCAAUUCAUGCAAUCACACACUUCUGCUCCUCCACCAGUAUCUCAGCAACCUGCUUCUCCCAGUUUUGCUGAUGUCUUCAUGGGUAAUCCAGUCUCCCAUCCAACUCAGUCUGCUGAACAUGAUGAUUCUGGAUCACAUCCCAUUGUCAGCAGAUCCAACUCAGUGGCCUCUCAUGUCUCACAUGCUACUGCCACACAGGGUAACUCUCAUUUAGCCCUUUCAGUUGGUUUUUCUAUUACUAGUAAAUGGAUUAUUGAUACAGGCGCUACUGAUCAUAUCAUUUGCUCUAUCAAACAUUUUAUUAAUCAUAAACCAGUCCUUAACACCUUUGUGCAUUUGCCUAAUGGUGAUAAAGUAGCAGUAACUGCUAUUGGCACAGUCCAAUAUUCAGCAGAACUAGUCUUAAGGGAUGUUUUGCUUGUACCUAGCUUUACUUUUAAUCUGGUUUCUGUUAGCCAGUUAGUUAAAGAUAAAACCAUUAGCUUAUGGUUUCAUUCCUCUUUCUGUCUCAUUCAGGAAAUCCAUUCCCUGAAAACAAUUGGUACAGCUAGCUUAAUAGAUGGCUUGUAUAUCCUGCAUUCUCCCCAGCAUACAGCCAACUUAAAGCAACUCCUAUCUCCUUCUCUUCCUGUCCAGUCUUCCAAUCAUUCUGCUGCAGCUUUCUCUACAGAAAAGCACAAGAUCAACAUCUGGCACUACAGGCUUGGCCAUAUUCCUCACAACAAACUACUGUCUCUAGACCUCCCUAAACUCAAUGUAUCUAGCUUAAAUGAUUCUCAUUGCACUGUAUGUCCUCUUGCAAAACAGAAGAGGUUGCCCUUUCCAUCCAGUGUUAGUCAAUCAGAGGCUCCUUUUCAUCUGUUACACAUUGACAUAUGGGGAAAUGCCCCUACUCAGUCUCUCAAUGGGCAUUCCUAUUUUUUGACAAUUGUAGAUGACUUCUCCAGGCAUACCUGGCUUUUCCUAAUGAAACAUAAAUCAGAAGUUAGAAAUAUCAUUUUCACCUUCUUUGAGUAUGUUUCUACCCAGUUCAAUGCUAAAAUCAGAACAGUUAGAACAGACAAUGGCCUGGAAUUCCAAAUACCAGAAUUUUAUAAAUCAAAAGGAGUGGUUCAUCAAACCACCUGUGUUUAUACAUCUCAACAAAAUGGCAUUGUUGAGAGAAAGCAUCAACAUAUAUUAGCAGUCACCAGAUCUCUUCUCUUUCAAGCUUCCUUACCUACUCAUUUCUGGCAUUUUGCUGCUAUGCAUGCUGUUCAUCUUAUAAACAGAACCCCUACUCCACUUCUCCACAAUUCCACUCCUUAUGAAAAACUACAUGGUCACAAGGCUGAUCUAAACUACCUCAGGGUAUUUGGGUGCCUCACCUAUGCAUCCACCAUUCAGGCCCUUUGAACUAAACUAGAUCCUAGAGCUACACCUAGUGUGUUUUUGGGUUUUCCUAUUGGUACUAAAGGUUACAGAUUAUACAAUCUGACCACUCAUGCAAUUUUCAUCUCAAGGGAUGUCGUGUUUCAUGAGGAUAUCUUUCCAUUCUAUAAGGAUACUCACCAAAUACAUACUCUAGUUCCUUUUCCUGUUUUUCCAGAAUCCUUACCUCCACUGGAUUCUUCCAUUCCUAUUACUACACUUCCAGUUGACACUAUUCCAGAUGUUGCUGAACCUGUUUCUGUUUCACCAACAGAUCCAGCAGUAGCUUUUCCUGCUCCUGCUGUCAUUCCACCUCCAUUAAGGAAGUCUUCUAGACAAAGAGUCCAACCUGCCAAAUUAAAAGAUUACAAGUGU